AUGGCUGAAGACAAAGGUGGCUACCGUCAGAUUAACAAGUCUCUGAACAUCUGUGUGUUCGAAGAGUAUCUGCGAGGUCAGAAUGCGAACCUUCCAAAGCUGGAAAAUGUGGAACAAGUCUCCCCGAGAGUCCUGCGAGUCCUUGGGCAGAACCCUGGCAAGUUUACCCUCCAGGGCACAAACACGUUCAUCGUUGGUACGGGUCACCAGAGACUCCUCAUCGACACCUCUGGCGGCGAGCCCGAAUGGGCUUCGUUGAUCGCAUCCACGCUCGAAGACCAGAAUAUCUCCUUGUCCCAUGUUCUUUUGACCCACUGGCAUGGUGAUCACACUGGUGGGGUGAAAGACCUGCUCUGCCUCUACCCACACCUACAGGGCCAUAUCUUCAAGAACGAUCCAGAAAAGGGACAAACAGAUAUCCAAGACGGACAGAUCUUCGAAGUCCCCGGUGCGACUGUUCGAGCAGUGCAUACGCCAGGCCAUUCGGAAGAUCACAUGUGCUUCGUCCUGGAGGAAGAAUCAGCUAUGUUCACUGGUGACAACGUCCUUGGCCACGGCACAAGUGCAGUAGAGGACCUGGCCAUCUUCAUGACAACUCUUGUGAAGAUGCAAAACCAGGCGUGUAGUCUCGGCUACCCAGCCCACGGAGUUGUGAUCGAAGACCUGCCAGCCAAGAUGGCCAGCGAGCUACAACGCAAGCACCGACGCGAGAAUCAGAUCAUGCAGGCUCUGUCUGCCGCUCACCAACGUGGACAGAGGAGUGUCACGGUGGCGGACCUGGUUCAGGACAUGUAUGGCGCAGCAGUGGACGAAGAAACACGCACUCUUGCCUUGAUACCCAUGAUGACAGAAGUGUUGUGCAAGCUUGCUGGCGACGGUCGCACUGCCUUCCAAGUCGUUUGUGGUGUGAAGAAGUGGUACUACUUCGAGAAGACCCAACAUUCUCGAUCUCAUCAGUUUGGUCUUGUCCCGGUGACAGCGACCGACAUGGCUGGCAUAUAA